AUGAGGGAGGCAGAGGAGGUGUGUAUAGAGAAGGACCCCGAAGGGAAUCAUCUCUAUCUCCAGGUCGCGUACUGUAUCUUCCAGGCUUUGAAGGGAAUGAUGACGUUCGAUGCCAACGACCUGAGCACCGCCCUGGAAAUCUCCAAAAAUGUCCAAGUGAUGGCUACGGCCCUCCGGAAACCCUCCGACGGGCUCAUGUCCCGCUUCGGCAGUCUCGUCAAGUCCGGCGCGGGCGUCCAGCGUCUCAAGGGGAUGAGCGUGAUGGAGAGGCACGCCGAGCUGGUCUAUGCGGAGAGUUCGUUGUUCAAGGCGUUGCUUGCGAUCAUUGCGGGUGGAGAUUGGUUUGGGAUGAUCCGUGAAGCAUUGAGCAUGCGAGCAGCAUGGGGCAUCUAUAGGACGAUGCAGACGUUUAUCGAGGAGGCGGACGCGCAUGGGUAUGAUGAUGAUAUCGACAUGGACUUCCGAUCUGGUGUCGCUCUCGGAGCAGGCACAAGUUCACUCAUGCUUUCCCUCCUUCCCGGAAAGGUUCUCAAGAUCGCCGAGGUACUCGGAUACGGCGGAGAUCGCGAUGCCGCGCUCAAAGUCCUCUACUCUGCCGGGGGAUGGAGCAAAGACGCGGACGUACCUAUCCACGACGAGCACAAUGAGGGGCUGAGGCGGCCCGUCGUGGAUCUCAUUCUAUUGACGUUCCAUCUUGUCCUUGCGCUCCUUAUGCCGAUAGCUGGUGUGGAUAUCCCGAUGGCGAGAAAGAUCUUGGAAUACAAUAUGCGGAUAUACCCUGAUGAAGGUAUCUUCUUCCUGUACUUCCAGGCGAGAUUGUUUACGGCGGAAUGUAAUCCGGACAAGGCGAAUGAGAGUUUGCAGAGGGCCAUGGACCUCAAGUUGGAGUAUGUGCAAUUGCAGCACAUGUGCUUGUGGGACUAUGCCAAUAAUUACACCAUGUCGGGGAACUGGAAAGGUGCUCUGGACUGCUAUAAUAUCCUGAGAGAAGAAUCGAAUUGGUCUCGCGCUGUCUACACCUACUCGACAGCAGCAUGUAUCGUCGAGCUAGUAUCGGAUGGGUAUCCCGGCGCUAGCCUAGUGGAGGCGGAGAAGCUCAUGAAGGAGGUCCCGAAGUUGACCAAGAAGCUGGCCGGGAAGUCUCUGCCUAUCGAAAAACUCGUCUCGAGAAAGACGAGAAAGUUUGAAUCGCAAGGCCACCGGCUCUUCCUCCCCGGGAUUGAGCUCGCCUAUGUAUUCGGCUCUCUCGGGCACGCGCCCCGCCGGACACUUAUCUCGUCCCUGAUUCCACGGAUCGAUAAGCGGAUGGCAGAUCUGCAGGCUCAGACGCCAGAAGCGUACGGAGCGGGAUACUGGGAUGAUCUCGUGCUUGGGCACUUCUUGAGAGGUGUCUGUAAAGCUAUGGCCCGGUAUCAGCCGCCGCAAGCGGAUGAGCUGGCGCGCGCGGUCCAAUCGACAGAUCCGAGCGAUGCCGAGUUGGACGCGGGAGCAGAGGAGGAUAUGCUCGCUGCGAUAAAGAACAGCCCGCAUGUGGAGCUGGACCAUUAUAUCGUGUAUCACUGCCACUUUGAGCUGGGCAAGCUGUAUAGCCAAAGAGGGGAGAACAAGUCUGCGUAUAAGCACUUUGAUGUGGUUAUGACUGGGAAAUUGUCAGAAUUGAACAAGCACGAACAAAAGGCGCAAGGAAAGUACUCGCUCGAGGGUGCGUUGUUGAUGAAGACGCAUUCGGCGAUACAGGCGCUGAAGGAGGGGAAUACGGCUGCUUGA